AUGCCUGAAGCUGUAGAAUUGGAACAAUUAGUUAUAAGGAAUUCAGUUGAAGAUUUAAGAGCUCAGUAUGAUAAUCAAUCUCAUGUGAAAUUCAAACAUUGUUGCCCAUAUUUGGGUUUAUUAUUGGCAACAAUAUCAUCAUUAUUUUUUUCCUUGUGCUCAGCAAUAGUCAAAUGGAUGGUAGACGUCGAUCCUAUGGAGCUUGCUGCUUGCAGAUUUGUCGGAGUGUUAUUGCCCACAAUACCGAUUGUAGUUUAUUGCAAAGAAACACCAUUUCCUAAAGGAAAAAGAUUAAUGUUAAUUUUAAGGUCAUUCGUCGGAACUACAGGAUUAAUGUUAAGCUUUUAUGCAUUUAGAAACAUGCCACUGGCAGAUGCGAAUGUAAUUGUUUUCAGUGUGCCUGUUUUUGUUGCGAUUUUUGCAAGAAUUUUUUUGAAAGAGCCCUGUGGUAUUUUUAAUGUUGUCACAGUCAUACUCACACUAAUCGGAGUAGUUUUAAUAACAAGACCUCCUAUUUUAUUUAACGAAUUAGUUCCUCCUUUAGCUUCUUCAAAUGAAAAUGCUAAAUCUAACAUAUGGGGUGCUGUUGCUGCUUUUGCAGCGACACUUUUCGGAGCAAAUGUUUAUAUAUUAUUAAGAGCUUUAAAAGGUUUGCAUUUUUCAGUAAUUAUGACAAACUUUGGUUCGUUUGCCUUAGUUCAAACUCUUUUGGUCACUUAUCUCCUAGGAACACUUUGCAUUCCAAAAUGUGGAAUCGACAGAAUAUUAAUCGUUGCUUUAGCAUUUUUUUCUUUCGGAGGGCAAAUCCUUUUAACUCUGGCAUUACAAUUAGAACAAGCAGGACCAGUUGCUAUAGCCAGAUCAGCAGAUAUCGUUUUUGCUUUUAUUUGGCAAAUUUUAUUUUUUAAAGAAGUUCCUAAUAUUUACAGUAUCGCAGGGGCAAUACUGGUAACAAGUUCGGUUAUCAUAACCGGAUUGAGAAAAUGGGUCCUCUCUUUACCAAACGAUUCAAAUUUUAGAUAUAAGUUAGGACUUUUAAAAAAAGUAAUGUUAAGUUCACAAAAUUAA